AUGGGCAACGACCAGAGCAGAAGGCGAAAAAGCGAUGGCGCCGCGCAUCAGCGCAGAUUCAGCCAUGGACUCCUCACCAACUUUGGCGCAGUGGCGCACAGACUGAGCCGCCGGGGGCAGCUGUCCCAGAGCGUGCGGCUGCCCACCUCAGACACUUCCAAUGACCAAAGGAUACAGGUUACAGACAAGUCGGCCGUUUCUUCAUUUCUACCAGAGUUUCCCCUGCGUGAUUUCCCUGGACAGAAUCGAUUCCAGGUGCUGGGAUUCAUUGCAAAAGGAUCAUUUGGGCCUAUAUUGAAGAUUAAAGAUGUUUCCCAAGACAAGAUAUAUGCUGUUAAAGUUUUACCAAAGUGCGUGAUAAUAAAUCGUGGUGCAUUGGAUCAGUCAAAAGAAGAGGUAAUCAUUCAGCGACAGCUCAAACACCCAUUCAUCCACAGCCUUCAGGACUGCUGGCAGACACAGCACCAUCUCUUCAUUAUGCAUGACUACUGUGGCAUGGGAGACCUGCACACCUGCUGGUUACUACAAAGAAGGUUCGAAGAAGAUGACAUCCGGCUGUUUGCUUCAGAGGUGGCCAGUGCACUGGGAUUCUUGCAUGAUUUGGGUAUCAUUCACCGAGACAUUAAGAUGGACAACAUCCUCUUGAGUGACCAUGGUCAUCUUCGCCUGUCUGAUUUUGGACUGUCACGUCGUUUGAAGUGUGGAGGAAGAACAUUUACAAUAUGUGGCACUAUUCAAUACAUGGCUCCUGAAGUCCUAGGUGGAGGUCCGUACAAUCAUGCAGCUGACUGGUGGUCUCUCGGUAUUAUGCUCUAUUGCCUGGUAACAGGAGAGUUUCCAGUGCCUCCGGAUUCGGACCACAUCGCCAUGUUGAAGAAGGUCAGGCAGUGCCCUUACAUCAUCCCAGAUACAUGCAGCACUGCUCUUACUGUGCUACUUACUGAGCUUCUGUCCAAGAAUCCUGUGAACCGCCUCCGUAAUCUUGACAGCUUCCAGAUUCAGGCUUUCUUCAGAGGGACGUCGUUUGACUCUGAAAUUCUGCAUAAUUCCCCGAUUGAGAUCAUUCUUAAACUCAGAACUCAUCCAGAGUGGUCAGCCAAAGCAAUGCGAGGAUUCAGGAUGCCACCAUCACUCUCAGAAGCACAGAAGAAGGAACUGCACGAAACAGCCCUACGCAUAGUUUGUCCAGGGAAGGGAAUCCUGGCUGCAGAUGAAUCAGUUGGGAGCAUGGGAAAGCGUCUGGCGCAGGUGGGAGUGGAGAACAGUGAGGAGAACCGCAGGCAGUUCAGGCAGAUCUUGUUCAGCGCUGACGAUCGCAUCAACAGCUGCAUUGGAGGAAUGAUCUUCUUCCAUGAGACUCUGUAUCAGUACACGGACGCUGGAGUGUCCUUUGUCAAAAUGAUUAGAGACAGAGGAAUCAUGGUUGGUGUCAAGGUUGAUAAAGGUGUGGUUCCUUUACCGGGAACUUGUGGGGAAACUACUACACAGGGUCUGGAUGGGUUGUCAGAGCGUUGUGCACAGUACAAAAAAGAUGGAGCUGUUUUUGCAAAGUGGCGUUGUGUGCUCAAGAUCAGUGACACCAACCCUUCCCAACUGGCUAUUUCCGAAAACGCCAAUGUACUUGCACGUUACUCCAGUAUUUGUCAGCAGCAAGGUAUUGUGCCCAUUAUAGAACCAGAGAUUUUGCCGGAUGGGGAUCAUGAUCUCAAGCGUUGCCAGGCAGUCACUGAGAAGGUUCUGUCUGCGGUUUACAAAGCCAUGUCAGAACACCAUGUAUACCUGGAGGGAACUCUCCUCAAACCCAACAUGGUCACAGCGGGACACAACUGCCUCACAAAGUACACCCCAGAGGAGGUCGCGAUGGCGACUCUCACUGCUAUCCGCCGCACUGUCCCUCCGGCAGUAACAGGAAUAGCUUUUCUCUCUGGUGGUCAGAGUGAGGAGGAGGCCUCGGUCCAUCUCAAUGCCAUCAACAACUGUCCUCUGCCUAAAUCGUGGACUCUAACCUUCUCGUUUGGGCGUGCGCUGCAGGCCUCAGCACUUAGAGCCUGGAGAGGACACAAAGAGAAUGAAAAAGCUGCUACAGAACAGUUCAUCAGAAGAGCAGAGAUUAACAGCCUUGCAUGUCAGGGCAAGUACACGGGAGAUAACCAUGCUGAGUCUGGACAAAUCUAUGGGUCCAUCUAUGCAUACUGA